CCUUUCUUCUCUCCCAGCGUAACACAACACGUGGGUGCUCGCUCAGCGGCGCGCGCGUGGGCAGUUGCUACUUGCGGCCAUGGCGCCGGGCAAUCACCACGGGGGAGGGCGCCGCGGCGGCCAGCGGCGGGUCAAGGCAAACCCGAGCGACGCUGAGGCGGGGAACCGCGACGGGCACCCCGACGACGACCGCGGGCGCGCCGACCAGAGCCAGCACACCGAUCUGCUCCAAGCCGGGCGGACCCUCGCGGCGAGCGACGCGGAGAAGGCUCCCGCACCGCUCCUCGAGGAGUUCGCUGCGCUCGGCAUCCGCGUCCGCCGCGCCGAGCCCGUGUUCCCGCCGCGGCCCGGGUACGGCGCCGCGGGGACGCCGUGCGUCGUCAGGGCCAACCACUUCCUCGCCCGCUUCGUCGACGAGGGCCUGCACCACUACGACGUGACUAUUUCGCCGGAUCCGACGCCGAAGGGCGGGUACAGGGAGGUCAUGUCGAAGCUGGUGUCCGAGAACCAGCACACCGAGUUCGGCGGCCGCUUCCCCGCGUACGACGGCCGCGACUCGCUCUUCACCGCGGGCGCGCUGCCGUUCGACACCAAGGAAUUCGAGGUCACCCUCUCUGCUUGCGUCGACAAAAGGAGGAUGAGAGGCAGAAAGUACAAGGUGGUGAUCAAACAUGCCGCGGGGAUCAGCCUGCUGCAGCUGAGGAUGCUCUUGGCUGGCUACCCCACGGACAUCCCCGCGCAGGCACUGCAGGUCCUCGACAACGUGCUGCGCGAUGUUGUCUUCAACAAACGCGAUGACAUGGAAUACAUUGCGGUUGGCCGAUCGUUCUUCUCGCAGAAAUUAGGAUGUGCCAAGGAUGGUACCCUGGGUGCUGAGGCAUGGAAGGGGCUCUAUGAGAGCAUCAGGCCGAUGCAGAACGGCGUGUCUGUGCUUGUAGACGUGUCUUCAUCAGUAUUCAUUCAACCCCUGCUACUAAUUGACUUCGUUCAGAAGACUCUGAAGAUAGAUGUCCUGAAUAGGAAAUUGACCAAACCAGAGCAUGCCAAGCUCUUGAAGGCUGUCAGGGGUGUGAGGAUUGAAGUCACACACCGAGGAAGUGAACGCCGUAAGUACAGAAUUACUGGCUUGUCAGUGAACCCUACUAAAGUUUUGAGUUUUAAAUCACCGAGUGGAGCUACGAAGACUGUCAUUGACUACUUCAGAGAAAAAUAUAAUCUGAAACUGAAGUUCAAUUUUCUCCCAUGCCUCAAUGUUGGCAGCGAGCAGAAGCCAGUCUAUCUUCCUAUAGAGGUUUGCAAGAUAGUUCCCAGACAGCGUUACCAGAAGAAGCUGGAUGGCAGUCAGGUUUCUACUCUAAUGAAGUCAACCUGUCAGUUCCAGCCUGAACAGCUAUCCAUUUGUCAGGUUGUUGAGAGCAAGCAGUACAACAGCACCAAACGUGCAAAUGAAUUUGGCAUAGAUGUUGAUGACAAAUGUACAGUUAAUGCUAGAGUUCUGCCGCCUCCAAAUCUUAAGUACCACGAUUCUGGAUCUGAGAAAACAUGGUCUCCAAUGAAUGGAUACUGGAACAUGAAAGACAAGAAAGUAGUAAAUGGUGCCAAGAUCAGAAACUGGGCAUGCGUUAAUUUUUGUGAAGAUUUAUCCAAGAAUGCUGUUGAGCAGUUCUGCUUUAAGCUAGCUGAAAUGUCUCGUACUACUGGAGUGGAGUUAGCCGAUUUGAAGCUCCCAGUACUCACUGCACGUCCAGAUCAAGUUGAAGAUGAUAUUCGUAUAUGCUAUCAGGAGGCGCAGAAAGAGCUGAGGGAUCAGAAGAUUGACCUACUUCUUGCUAUACUGCCAGAUAACAAUGGCAGCUUAUAUGGUAAUGUUUGUCAUAGGAUACAUAGUUUCUUCACCUCUGUUACAUAUAUGUCACGCCUGAUGUUACUUCUAACCACAGGAAAUAUUAAAAAGAUCUGUGAGACAGAUAUUGGUGUCAUGUCACAGUGUUGUCGAAAGUCAAUUGUCUUCACGAAAUAUAACAAGAUAUUGGCAAAUAUUGCUAUUAAGAUCAAUGGCAAGGCUGGAGGAAGGAACUCAGUAUUCGAAGAUGCACAAAAGAGUUUGCCGGUUGUUUCGAACAAGCCGACGAUUAUAUUUGGUGCUCAUGUUACUCAUCCUUCUGCUGUUGAUCAUUCUGCUCCUUCCAUUGCUUCUGUCGUUGCAUCCCAAGACUGGCAUGAGGUGGACAAGUAUAAUGGUGUUGUUCGUGCACAAGGUCAACGUGAAGAGAUGAUCGGUGGCCUUGAAGACAUGGUCAAGGAGCUCCUUCAUGCAUUUGAAAAGGAGUCCAACAGGAAGCCCCAGCAGCUGAUAUUCUACAGGGAUGGCAUAAGCGGGAGCCAGUUGAAGCAGGUUUUUGAAAAAGAAAUCCCAGAGAUUGAAAAGGCUUGGAAAGUGCUGUACAAUAAUGAGGAGCCACAAAUCACCUUCAUCGCAGUGCAGAAGAGGCAUAGCCUAAUGCUGUUUCCCAACGACAACAAUAAGCGUCAUAAUUCUAAUAUGAAAAAUGUUGAGCCUGGCACAGUGGUUGAUAGUGAGAUCUGUCACCCAGCAGAAUUUGAUUUCUUCCUUUGCAGCUAUGCUGAGAUCAAAGGGCCAAGCCAUCCUGUGCAGUACCUUGUGCUGCGAGAUGACAACAACUUCACAGCAGAUGAACUGCAGGCUCUCACGAAUAAUCUGUGCUACACUCAUGCAAGCUCCACUAAGGCGACGACGAUAGCUCCUCCUGCUCACUACGCUCGCAAGCUCGCACAACGUGCCCACUUGUACCUUGCCCAAGGUCCCGACGUGGCGAAGGCGGUGGGCUCCCGCUCUGCAACUGCUCCUGCUGGUGGUCUAAAGCAACUUCCAGAGAUAAAGGAUGAGCUGAAGAGGUCCAUGUUCUACUGCUAGUCCUCCUCCGCCUCCUGAAUGGACGACGCUUUGCUUUGCCGAAAGAACUGAGUGUGGUCUGAGUGAGACCUGGAGACUGAUGGCAUCUGCAAUAGUUGUUCAGUUGCUCUUCUCAGUAGACACGAAAUGGACGGAUUUUUUUUGUUUGAGAGUUUGUUACGGUUUGGUAUUGUAUUUCCACUUUUCCGGUGAACAGGAUAUAUGUUUGUUGAAAUCUAUGUUGGAUU